AUGAGCGGACGCAACUCCACUGAAGCAGAUGAUGUGCUAGAUUUCCUAGAUUCGCUACCCGAACGAAAGAAAAAGGACAUCAAAAACGUCAAAAAAGAAGCCAAGACAUCUACCCAGGAUCCCAAAAAUGACACAGAAAUCCUAGACUUUUUAGAUGAGCUCGAACAGAGCAACCUGAGUCUGAAUAGGGAAAAGAAGACUGUAAGCGAAGAGCCCAUCUUCAAGGACAAAGAGGCAAAGGAUCCAAAGACCCCUCAACUAGACAAGAAUCAGGGCAACGUCGAGAAUGAUAAACAAGAAGUGUCUGUGCCAGCGUCCUCAGCGCCAAAGACUCCUGCCACGCCAAAAGCCGAUCCCGUAACCGAAACAAAUGUGGAGGAGAAAAAGGAAGACUCGAAGCCAACAGAGCAGGAGGAAGAGGAAGAGCCUUUGCAUGAUCCUAUCACUUCGAUCUCAAAUUGGUGGUCCUCAUCGGGCUCUGCAACGGUCAACAGCUUUUUCAGCAAAACAGCCGAGCAGGCUAGCCAUCUCAAGGACCGGAUAGCCCACGAACAGCAAGGAAUCACCUCGAGACUGCAAACCACAUCAAUAGCCUCUAAAAUCAAUUCUUCGACCAUUUCCAUGCUAGCCAAAAACCUGAGUCGAAUUGUGGUUGGCGAAGCAGACGAGGUGCUAAGAAUCCAUCUGGUACAUGAUUUGGUCAAUUAUCCUCUUUUGUCGUAUCACGUCGAGCAACAAUUUGACUCUGUGCUGAGCUCGCAAGUUCAGGGCGGCGUUAGGAUCUUUGUUGAUGAGUGGGAUCACCCAACUGAGGGCCAAGACCGCGUUCAGGACGGCAAAAGACACCUGAACAUGUUUACUGGAAAAAUCGCAGACGGGGAAAAGUUGGCCUUUGCAAACCUCAACAACGCCAUUAAACUCUUCACCAAGGCCAAAGAGGAGCUUGCCAAGCAACGCACUGAGACCGAACACGUAGAGGACGACUCAGCACAAGAACAAUCGAUUUCUGAUGUGUUUAUCUCGAUUUUGCCCAUCGCUGUGCCCACAAAGGCCAAAAGCUCGGAGAUCACCACGACUGAUCCCACGGCCCCCGGUAACUUCGCCUUCACUAUUGCCUUGAAGGACAUUAGAAAUGAUUUCACAUCCAUCACAAGAUCGCAAGGUUUCCCCCAGAGGUGGGCCGAGUGGCUCGAGGGAACGUCAGAGCUGAAGAGCAAGCAAGACGCUAUCCAGGACCGAGAGUCUAAGAAAGACACUGGUGAGCGCACUGAGUCUAGCGAAAUCGUCGAGGACGUUGACGCGAGUGAAUGGGUCAAGGAGUGGGUCGAAGACGGGUUGAGUCUAUCGUUCGGCGUGGUAGCUCAAAAUUACGUAAUCGACCGUAUGGGUUUUUAA